AUGGGGUUUAAUAUUGCCAUGGCAUGUGAUUAUUUCUAUCCACAAUUAGGUGGGAUAGAGUUCCAUAUCUAUCAUCUGGCCCAAAAUCUGAUUAAUCUAGGCCAUAACGUCAUUAUCAUCACACAUCAAUACGGUGAUCGGACAGGUGUACGACAUCUAUCUAACGGAUUAAAAGUUUAUCAUAUCCCAUUGUUUGUGCUAUACAGAGAAACUGUGUUUCCUUGUGUGUUUUAUACAUUUCCUAUGAUUAGAAAUAUAUUAAUUAGAGAAAAUAUUCAAAUUGUUCAUGGCCAUGGAAGUGCAUCUGAUAUUGCGCAGGAAGCAAUCUUACAUGCGAAUUCCAUGGGUUUAAGAAGUGUGUUUACAGAUCAUUCCUUAUAUGGGUUUGAUGUCCUGGGAUCUGUUCUUUUAAACAAACUCCUAAAAUUUACAUUGGCAAGUGUUGAUAGAGUGAUUUGUGUUUCAAAUAUUUGCAAGGAAAAUAUCAUGUAUAGAACAGGGUUCGACCCAUCAAUUUACUCGGUUAUACCGAAUGCUGUUGUGGCAGCUGAUUUCACUCAACCCACCCCUGAAGAACAGACCCUUAAGAAACUGAACGGAAGAAUUACAAUCGUUUGUAUCUCUAGAUUGUUUCCAAAUAAAGGGUGUGAUCUAUUGGUUAAAAUACUUCCUACAAUCUGUAAAAUGCAUGGCGAUGUAGAUUUUAUUAUGGUUGGUGACGGUCCAAGGUUUAUUGAAUUUCAACAAAUGGUCGAAGCAGAACGUCUUGAAGAGAGGAUUACUUUGUUAGGGUCAGUACCACAUGAACAUAUUAGAGAUGUCCUAUGUAAAGGUGAUAUAUAUUUACACGCAAGUUUAACAGAAGCUUUUGGUACUGUUCUUGUCGAGGCAGCCUCUUGUGAUCUAUUAAUUGUCACUACGAAAGUCGGUGGUGUUCCAGAGGUCCUACCUGAACAUAUGACAGUCUUUGCUGCAAAAACAGCCGUGUCGAGUAUAAUCGAAGCUACAAACAAGGGAAUUGAUUUAAUUAGAUCUGGGACAGUGGAUACGUCAUUAUUUCAUAAGGAACUAGUACAGAUGUACGAAUGGAGCGAUAUUGCACGCAGAACAGAAGAUGUUUACUAUGCGAUCUACAAUAAUCCUAAAAAGAUCAGUAAAGACUGGACCGUAAUGCUCAAACGUGUCUACACACACCCCGGCUUCUGGGCCCGUCAUCUAUACAUACUAUGUGCCAUAGUAGAGUUCUCAUUGAUCCUGAUUUUUGAUUUCCUGUAUCCCAGAGACGAAAUAGACAGAGCUCCCAAGUGGCCAACUCCUAGGGAGUAUAAUGAGAAAGUAACAGAAUUUAACGAUGAAUCGGGGUAUAUUGAUGACGACAACGUGGAUAUAUAG